GCGACCGAGCGCGGCUCGCGCCGGGCCGGCGGGGCCAUGGGGCUGCUGGCCCAGGGCUCGCCGCUGAGCUGGGAGGAGACGCGGCGCCACGCCGACCACGUGCGGCGGCACGGCAUCCUGCAGUUCCUGCACAUCUACCACGCCGUGAAGGACCGGCAGAAGGACGUGCUCAAGUGGGGCGACGAGGUGGAAUACAUGUUGGUCUCCUUUGAUCAUGAAAAUAAGAAGGUCCAGUUGGUCCUGAAUGGAGAAGACGUUCUUGAAACUCUACAAGAGAAAGGAGAGAGGACCAAUCCAAACCAUCCUACCCUUUGGAGACCAGAGUAUGGCAGUUACAUGAUUGAAGGGACGCCCGGACAGCCCUACGGAGGGACCAUGUCAGAGUUCAACACCGUGGAGGACAACAUGAGGAAGCGCCGCGAGGAGGCCACAUCAGUGUUGGAGGAAAACCAGGCUCUUUGCACCAUAACGUCAUUCCCCAGAUUAGGCUGUCCUGGCUUCACCCUGCCUGUGUAUAAACCCAACCCAGUCGAAGGAGGAGCCUCCAAGUCCCUCUUCUUCCCAGAUGAAGCCAUCAACAAGCACCCCCGCUUCAGUACUCUAACCAGAAACAUCCGGCACAGGAGAGGUGAGAAGGUCGCCAUCAACGUGCCCAUAUUUAGGGACAAGAACACGCCGGCUCCCUUCGUGGAGGCAUUUCCCGGGGACGCAGAGGCAACGCGGGCUGCCAAGCCGGACCACAUUUACAUGGACGCCAUGGGAUUCGGGAUGGGCAAUUGCUGCCUUCAGGUCACGUUCCAAGCCUGCAGCAUAUCAGAGGCCAGUUACCUUUACGAUCAGCUGGCCACUAUCUGUCCCAUCGUCAUGGCGUUGAGCGCCGCAUCCCCUUUCUACCGAGGCUACGUGUCCGACAUCGAUUGUCGCUGGGGCGUGAUCUCCGCGUCCGUAGAUGACAGGACUCGGGAGGAGAGAGGACUAGAGCCGCUGAAGAACAAUAAGUAUCGGAUCAGUAAGUCCCGAUACGACUCAAUAGACAGCUACUUAUCUAAGUGUGGUGAGAAAUACAACGACAUCGACCUGACCAUAGACAAAGGCGUCUAUGAGCAGCUGGUGCAGAAUGGCAUCGAUCACCUUCUGGCCCAGCACGUGGCCCACCUCUUUAUCAGAGACCCCCUGACGCUGUUCAAGGAGAAGAUCGACCUGGACGACGCCAACGAGUCAGACCAUUUCGAGAAUAUUCAGUCCACAAAUUGGCAGACCAUGAGGUUUAAGCCCCCACCCCCAAACUCCGACAUUGGCUGGAGAGUGGAAUUCCGGCCCAUGGAGGUGCAGCUGACAGACUUCGAGAACUCCGCCUACGUGGUGUUCGUGGUGCUGCUCACCAGGGUGAUCCUCUCAGACCCCGACUCAGGCCGUGCCCCACCCCUGGUGCCCUGUGAUCUCCAAUGGGUUGAUGAAAACAUGAAAGUAGCGCAGAAACGAGAUGCCGUCUUACAGGGAAUGUUUUAUUUCAGGAAAGAUAUUUCCAAAGGUGGCAACGCAGUGGUGGACGGCUGUGGCAAGAUGUCCGGUGGUGGCUGUGGUGGCAGUGGAGGCUCAGAGCUGGCCACGGAGGAGUACACGCUCAUGAGCAUAGACACCAUCAUCAAUGGGAAGGAGGGGGUUUUUCCUGGACUCAUCCCCAUCCUGAAUUCUUACCUGGAAAACAUGGAGGUGGACGUGGACACCAGAUGCAGUAUUAUGAACUACCUGAAGCUAAUUAAGAAGAGAGCGUCCGGAGAACUAAUGACAGUCGCCAAGUGGAUGAGGGAGUUCGUUGCAAACCAUCCUGACUACAAGCGAGACAGCGUAAUAACAGAUGAAAUGAACUACAGCCUUAUUCUGAAGUGUAACCAAAUUGCAAAUGAAUUAUGUGAAUGCCCAGAGUUACUGGGAUCAGGAUCAGCAUUUAGGAGAGUGAGGUACAGUGGGAGUAAGACUGACUCAGCCAGCUAGACGGCCGCAGA